AUGUGUAGACGGCUGAAAAUAUUUCACCCGAAGCUCAUCUCGGAGACACAAUCCACCUUUAUCUCAGACAAUAUCUUAGUAGCGCAGGAGAUUUUUCAUGCUAUGAGAACAAACCCGAUCUGGAAGUCAAAGUUCGUAGCUGUCAAAACCGAUAUGAGCAAGGCCUAUGAUCGCGUGGAAUGGAAUUUUCUGGAAGCUCUAAUGCUUAAGAUGGGCUUCGCAGAGAAAUGGGUAGCAUGGAUUAAAUGGUGUAUCUCUUCUGUCUCCUAUCAGGUUCUCUUAAAUGGUGAAGCGAAGGGCAACAUCAAACCCUCGAGAGGACUCCGGCAGGGAGAUCCUUUGUCGCCUUUUCUUUUUAUCAUCCUGAGAGAAGCUCUUAUCUCCCAGAUCAAAGGUGCAGAAGCUGAAGGGAGAUUAAGGGGGCUUAAGAUCGCUCAAGCAAGUCCCGCUGUCUCGCACCUCCUCUUCGCAGACGAUAGUCUAUUUUCUACAAAGCAGAUGUCCAGAAAUGUGCUGAGUUGA